AAGCUGCAUCUGCACAGCAUCCCAAGUGAAAGUUCUGUUUACUUUUUAACUGUCCUCAUUUUCCAGUCAGAUCAACCAAAAUAAGGAAGAAAUGGAUACCAAUUCAACAGGCUUGGUUCCGCUUCACCAGACCAGCAGCAGAAAAAGGUUGGAUCAUAAGCAGGAAACGAUCUGUAUUUUUGGCACUGGGGACUUUGGAAGAUCUUUGGGCAUGAGGCUGCUCAAGUCAGGCUACCCAGUGGUCUAUGGUAGCCGAGACCCAAGGAACUCUACCCUGCUGCCAAGUGGAGCGCAAGUGUUUAGCCAUGCGGAGGCCCUGAAUACAUCCAAGAUCAUUUUCCUGGCAGUUCACAGGGAGAACUAUGAUUUCAUUUCAGCCCUGUCUGACCAGCUGGAUGGGAAGGUGCUGGUCGAUGUGAGCAACAACCUCAAAAUGAAUCAAUAUCCUGAAUCCAAUGCACAAUAUCUGUCCCAGUUGGUUCCCAAAACCAAUGUGGUGAAGGGAUUCAACACAGUUUCAGCCUGGGCUCUGCAGUCAGGGAGUUUGGAUGCCAACAGUCAGGUUUUUGUUUGUGGGGAUGACAAUCCAUCUAAACAACUGGUGAUGGAUGUUGCCAGAAGCAUCAGCCUCACUCCUCUUGACCAGGGAUCCCUUCUGGCAGCUGAAGAACUGGAGAACUACCCUCUUCAGCUCUUUCCAAUGUGGAGACUACCACUUUAUAUAACAGCUGGUCUCACAGUAUUCUUCUUCUUGUACUAUGUGGUGCUUCAAGUGAUCUAUUCUUAUGUAACUAAGAACACUGAUCAGACCUAUCGGAUGAUAAUUUCCAUACCCAAUCAUGUUUUUCCAAUUGUCUCUCUCAUUCUGCUGAGCUUGGUUUAUCUGCCGGGUGUCAUUGCUGCCUUCAUUCAGCUCCGCAGAGGGACAAAGUACAAGCGAUUCCCUGAUUGGCUCGACCGGUGGAUGUUGUGUCGAAAGCAACUUGGGCUUGUAUCGUUUGCUUAUGGCUUCCUUCAUGUUUUCUACUCAUUGGUCAAGCCACUCAGAUAUACACACUAUUGGAAACAAAUGAAUCGUAUUGUAUCCCAGGUGCAAAAGAACGCAACCACAGAGUUGGAGAUGAAAUGGGUGUGGCGUAGUGAUUUGUUUUAUGCACUCGGAAUUUUAGGCUUUUUUGUUUUCUGCUUACUUGGAGUAACAUCCCUCCCAUCUGUCAGCAAUGCAAUGAACUGGCGAGAAUUCAGAUUUGUUCAGUCAAAGUUGGGUCAUGUCACGUUGCUUCUGUGCACAGCUCAUGCUGGUGUACUUGGAUGGAAUUUCUUUCUAAAAUCUACAAGGUAUACAUGGGGUCUUCCGCCAGGGUACAUGCUAUCCAUGGUGAUUCCCUGCAUUGUACUGAUUCUAAAGCUGAUUCUGAUAACGCCAUGUGUAGACAGAAUGGUCACAAGAAUCCGACAGGGUUGGGAAAGGAAAAGAAAAGACUCAAGCAACCUAAAAGUUUGACCAAAAUGUAUUCUGGCUGAAUAAUGCUGUCUUGAAAAUUCAUAUUUAGCCUGUUCUAAAUAAAAGUUUUGGAAAAGUAUUAGACACUGGAAUCAGAUACUCCAAACAUCUAUGUUGCUUUAAAUAUUUUAAUUUCUGACACACCUCUAGAUAAUAAGUUCUUCUCUUAAAUCCCAAUACUCCCUUUCUCUCCUCACAUUCUGUCUAUUCUGAUACUAAUGUUACCAUUGAUCUAACAGUCACCUAUAUAAUUAUCACCUACUUUAAGUUAAUUGGCAUUAUAGAAAAUAUAAUAACUUGUGUUGAUAUAUGUCAUUAUCUCUGAAAUAUUUACCUUUACUGACAAUGUAAGAGUGUCAAUACAGUCCAGCAUUUGAAGACAUUGCUAAAAAGCAUCUAGAGAGAUUGAAGACCAGUCUAAUACCAUCUGUUCCACACAAACAUAAUCUUUCCAAGUGAUUAUAACGGUAAAUUAUUUGUUCUCUUGAAUGUGCUUCAGAUCUCAAUACCAUUUUGAUGUUGAUAUGUUUAGUAUUUGCAAUUCGCAAGCUCCAUUAAGCCAGCACAUACAUUAAUCAAACUAGCAGUGCCUAAAACUGGAGACACCUUCAAAAUUCCUAAAAGUGAGUGGUUUUAAGACUUCUCCUGGCCCCAGAAGAAAUACCAAGCUCUCUGCUGGAACCUCCAAAACAACCUCUCAGCCUACCAUCCUUCCCCACAAAUUCCUUUACUUUACCUGAACUUCUUUCUCAGGUGAAAAUUGGGUCUGCAGUGGAACUGCUGGAUUUCCUUACCUUCAGCAAGCACCCCAUCCUAUCAGAAAGUGCCUGUCAGAGGGAGCUCACUGAUCAUGUUCUAACAAAUCUUAGAAGUAACCUGGGAUUUGAUGAACCCUGAUCAGAUAAGUUAUGAGAGAUCAACUUCUCAGCUAUCCACUACUCAUCUGAUAAAUAAAUUGAUUGAAUAUGGAACUGGGGUAUUAGAUGUCAUUUUUGUUGAGUCUCAGUAGUAUUACAGUGACAUUGCUAUUGAGACAGAUCAUUUUUUAAAUUUAGUAUAAUACAGUCUUUCAAACUAUAUUCAGUCAAAUACAUAUAAAGGUGCAUUUAUUUGUAUUGUCAUCUCAUAAAAAUGGGAUAAAAAUUACUCAGUCUGUUUCCUGGUCCU